AUGCCUUAUACCACCGCCUUAGACUACAACUGGCUUUUCAAUAUGCAAGAGGCUGCUGGUCCCAUUAUUACAUCCAAAACAUCAACUCAAGAGUACAACACUCAACUACCGGAGAACCCGUCAAUUGCACGGACACAGACCAACAUUGCAAUCACACCUGAGUCUAUGAAGAGCGCUCAACUUUGGAACGACCCCAUGGACGUUGCACCAACCGAUAACAGUGGCCAAGAUAAGCCGCCAAGUUAUAACACCGUUAUACAAUCUGCUUCACAAGAGCUACCGCCGAGAGAGCCUCCAAAGAGACCUGCACCACGCAGCUCUGCGGAGAGAAGCUCGGACAUGAACUCCGCACGGCGCGCUGCCGAAGCGUCGGGACCGACCCGAAAGCGGUACACAGCAGUCAGCCGGCCUGCUCCAAUCUUGGAGCCAGAGCGACCUCUGUCAUCCCUCAGGAAGCCUCUCAACACCCCAACUAUUGACGAGAAGAUUCGAGAGAGACUUCUUAAUACCGCCGAUGCAGCCAAGCCCUGUCUCCCCGAUCAGCGUUAUACCAUCUGGGAGCACCCCCUGCUAUCCGUUGACUCUCUCAACUCCUAUCUUCACCUAUUCUUUACUCGCUUCAACACGGCCUAUCCCCUGAUGCACCUCGAAACAUUCAACUGUGCAGACACCGAGCCGCUUCUCCUCCUGUCCAUUCUUCUACUGGGAGCAACUUACUCCAGCAAGGAUUGCCACCAAUUAGCCGUCUGCAUACAUGAUGUAAUCAGACCAAGCAUCUUUGCGCAUGCUGGGUUUUCUCCAAGGCCCGAGUUGUGGACGCUGCAAACUAUUCUGCUUGUGGAGUGCUUCGGAAAGUCUCGCGCGGGACAGAAGCAGCAUGAUAUGAGCCAUUUGUUCCAUGGUCUCUUGAUCAACCUUAUUAGACGUUCCGACUGUCAGUCCGUGAGACCUCCUGGUCCACCACCAGUUGGUGGAGAUGAGAGUGCCGGGUCUUUGGACAAGCUGUGGAAGAAGUGGGCCGAGGCCGAGCAGAAGAAGAGGCUGGCUCUACUGUGCUUCAUGUGGGACACGCAACACGCAGUGCUCUUCUGCCAGAGCCUAUGCAUGUCUGCUUUUGAGCUUCGCCUCGAGCUUCCCUGCAACCAAAGCAUUUGGGAGGCAAGAGAUGCGACAGAGUGGGUAUCUGCAUGGCGAUCCAGCAUUAGCGACCAGAGAACGUUCUACCUCCCUGUCCUGAAGGCGUAUCUUAUGCCAUCCGGUCCAAGAACCCACGGCCUCAGUGGCUUCUCUCGCAUUCUUGUGCUCCACGGUCUGAUGUCCGUCGCCUGGGACAUGGGCCGUCGAGAUCAGACUGCUCUCGGUGUCAUUUCUGGAGAGAGUCCAGGUCCAGGUUCUGGAUGGCGCAAGACACUGAGCUCAGGCUAUGAUGCUUGGAGGAGCGACUUCGACUGGUACUGCAACAACUUCUUUGCCCAAAUGCCGCGAGGACCACCAUCGCCAGAUGACGAUGUUCGGAAGAUGGAGUUUGAGUCCUUUACAGCGGCGUACAAGGCUCUGUAUCACUCUGCCCAGGCGCUGCUGAACAUGGACUUCUUGGACGUGCAGAUUUAUGCAGGUGCAAGGCACAUACUCGGCAGACCAGUGCAGCAGAAGGAUUACAUGCGGUCCGCGCAGGUCGUCAAGAGAUGGGCUUCCGCGACGAAUAACGGCCCAGGUGAGGUGCAGGGCUCAAGACCAGGAGAAUCCUCUGCAGCAACCCCGUCAGACCAGAGCGUGGGGCAGAAGCAGUCUGCCACAGCGGCCGCGUGGCAUGCAGCGCAAAUGUUGCGAGAGACCAAGAAGACUCUGAGCGGCACGGAGGCGAUGAACCUGUUCCACGUGCCGUGGUGUCUUUAUCUGGCGACGUUGACGUGCUGGGCAUUCCAUCAUGCGCGGCCGAACAGGAACUACGGCGUGCCUUCGCGCAGAAACUUUGAUGCGAUGGGUGAGUUUGACGAAGAUGAGGACUGCGAGGAAGACGAGAUGAUUUGGGACCCGCAGGGUGAGAUGGAUGCGUUGAUCUCGAGUAUGUCGGAGCGGGUGGAGCGUAAUGAUGCUACAUUAAGGAGGGAGAAGAGGCGGACCAAUGGCUUGGUGUGGAUUAUGGCGGAUAUCCUGACGACGGUUAGAUGGGGGAUUGUGCAUGCGGGCGUUGUUGUGUUGAGGGGGCUUGUCCCUCAGCGGUUAAUCAACCAGUAUGAGGAGGCUACUUAA